AUGGAAAUGUUCUGUACCGGUAUUGACGAUGUAAUAGUGUCAAUAUCCUGCUUGUGUUAUUGGACUAAAGUUUUGCAAGAUAUUACCAUUGGGGAAACUGGUGCUGCCUACAGAGGUUGCAGCCAUCUCCUCCUUGGCAUCACAGCUGCCCUCAGACCCCUUGUGAAACUCAAGAUUGUCAAAAAGAGAACCAAGAAGUUCAUCCUGUACCAGUCAGACUGGUAUGUCAAAAUCAAGCCUAACUGGCAGAAACCCAGAGGUAUUGACAAUAGGGUUUGUAGAAGGUUCAAGGGCCAGAUCUUGAAGCCCAUCGUUGGUUGUGGGAGCAACAAAAAAACAAAGCACGUGCUGCCCAAUGGUUUCCGGAAAUUCCUGGUCCAUGACAUCAAUGAGCUGGAAGUGCUGAUGAUGUGCAACAAAUCUUACUGUGCUAAGAUCGCUCACAAUGUUUCCUCCAAGAACUGCAAGGCCAUCGUGGAAAGAGCAGCCCAGCUGGCCAUCAGAGUCAACAACCUCAAUGCCAUACUGCGCAGCAAAGAAAAUGAAUAG